AUGGCGACCAGCACGCCCAUCGAGUCGUCCCGCAUCGCACCCUACAUCAACGUUAGCGCGACUCCCCCACCGCCGGCGCCGCCACAAGCACCGAGGCAUCCGUCGGAGCGGCUUUUCCUGCCGCCGCAUUCCACCGCCGCCACAGUUGCCGUCAGCGGGGCGGCUGGUGCCAGAGGAGGCGGCGGAACGGCCGCCGCUGCCGCCGCCGCCGCCGCAGCGGCGGCAACCUUUCUUCCCUACGCCGCCGACCCUACGGGACUGCUCGCCGCCGCUCACCACUACUCGGCCGUUGCCGCAGCGGCGGCUGCGGCCGUGGCGUCGGGCCACGCGCCGCCACCCGUACCGCCGCCGCCCGUGCCUCCCCCGCCCUCUUCGGCCGCAGCAGCAGCCGCUGCGGCGAGCCUGCUAUUCUACCCAGCGCACAUGCCGUUUCCCGGAGGAUUGACCACUGCGCUCAUGGCUGCUGAGAGACUCACGACCAAGAACUCGAGCAUCGCCGACUUGCGACUGAAGGCUCAGAAACACGCCGCAGCUCUGGGCCUGUGACGCAGGCUGGCAUCGCCGCCGCUGCAGCCGUUGGACCCGCUCCGCUGCCGCCACCGGAGGCGCAAGCCGUGAAUGACGUUAGCCCUACCGGGGACGUCAUCGUUGAAGGCGUCGACGAAGACACUGAGGUCGUUCCGUGCAGAACUCACGUAGUGGUUUGAAAAGGGAACACCCCACAAACACUAACGAAAGGAACCGUCGGAAAGCACUGCCUGCUUGCGCUUUUAGUGAUGUGAAGUGACAGGGAACAGAACCUUUUUGGUGGGAACAAAACAUUACACGCGCCCGGUGUUAGUGCUAUCGCGUUCACAUAAACCAAUCAAGCCUAACGUUGAGCGCCUUCCGCUUCCAACUGAAACCGUUCUGUGCGGCGAGGACUCUACAGCUUUUGACGGCCUGUAACAGGACUGUUUCGCUUAUACGCUGGAAAUCUCUAUGAAGCGCAAUAGGUCACUUCC